ACUACCCCUACCACCACCCCCACACACCCCACUGCCCCCUCUGCCUCCACAGACCCCUGUGCUCCCUCUGCCCCCACCAUCACCCCUGCAGCCCCCACCAGCUGCAAGAAGAGCCGGCAGAAGAAGAAGGCUGAGGCCAGGGCAGCUGCUCAGGAGGGAGGGGAUGAGGCGGCAGGGCGGGUGGGUGCCAUCGAGGGCCUCACACGAGCCGGACGCCGGGCGCUGGCCCUGGGCGCCGGGCGGGAGGCAGUGGGGUGCUUCAGGAAGGCCCUGCUCCUCUCCAGGGACACGGUGAGCCCCCAGCUCCACAGGGCUUGUGCCUUCAACCUGGGGGCUGCCUACGUGGAGACUGGGAAGCCCAAAAAGGCCUUUGAGUUCCUCCUCCAGUCCCAGCCCUCAGAGGCGGAGAGCGGGGAGCACUCGGGGAGCCUUUAUUUCAGCGUCGGGGCGGCUCACGAAGGGCUCCAGGAUUUUCCAAAGGCUCUGGAGUGUUUUGAGAAAGCCUCCAGCCACGGCAGCGCUGCUGAGGCUGGCAGCCGAGCGGGGACCUGCGUGCAGAUGGGCUGCUGCUACCUGGGCAUGCGGCAGCCGGCACGGGCCGCGCGGUGUUUCCUGGAGGCGGCACAGGCCUACAUGGCGGCCGAGAGCCCCGGGGCCGCGGCCGUGGCCCUGAGCAGGGCCAGCGGCUCCAUGCUGCAGAGCCGGCGGUUCCGGGCCGCAGAGAUCGCCGGGGUGCUCGCCCGGUGCCGCUCGCUCUGCGAGGCCAUCCCCGACCUGGCCCUGCGAGGGAAACUCUACAACGACAUCGGCCUCGGCUACUCGCAGCUCCGCAUCUUCUCCCUGGCUGCCGAGAGCUUCGAGCAGGCCCUGGGGCUGCGCGGCGGGGAGCUGGGCCGGCAGCAGGAGGCCGCGCUGCUGCAGAACCUGGGCGCUGCCCUCAACGCCCUGCGCAGCUUCGGCCCCGCGCUGGGCUGGCACCGGCGUGCGGCCGCGCUGCACGGCGCUCUGGGGAACCGCAGGGCUCAGGGGCAGAGCUUUGGGAACCUGGCGUACGCCUGCAGCCAGCUGGGGAAGCACGGGGCUGCCGCGGAGAGCUACCUGCACGCCCUGCAAGCCUUCAGGGACUCGGGGGACUUGCAGGGGCAGUGGCAAGCGUGCGAGGGGCUGGGUGCAGCGUGCUUCCACCUGGGAGACCCCCAGAAAGCCAUCGGGCACUAUCAGGAGGCCCUGAUUCUGCUUUCCCGCUGUCAGGACAGCCCCAGAGCUGCCCACAAACGGGUUGUGCACAAGCUCACAGAUGCCAUCCAGCACCGACUCCACCUCGGCCACCCGUUCUACCAGGGGGGCUGGGCACCCAGCCCAGCCCUGGAGCCCAGCCAGCUGCAGUUUUGCUCCACACUGCCCCGUGCCAGUGGGACACGGCUCUGGGGGAGCGAGGUGGGGAAAGCCCAGGCUGAGGACGAGCUGUACUGGCCUACACCAGGAGCACAUCCCAGGUAUUCAGGCACAAGAGUGGCCCUGACUGGUGGUCUCACGCGGGAGCCUUGCAACCCAAGUGGCCUCCUGGGCACCUCUGGGGAGGAUGACGAUGGUCCCAGCUCAGCUCCAGGGUACCACAGUGAGCCCCAGGCUAACAGCAUGAGGACCACCAGCCCCCUGCCCCCAGCCAAGCUGCCCCAUGCUGGCCUCCAGCUCCGUAAGUACCACAGACAACCAGAACAUCACUUCUCCAGUGAGCCCAGGCCUGAGGGUCUCACACUGCAUCCCACAGGGCACCAAAACCACCAAACCCUCCAUGUGAGGCCUCCAGAGAGCCCUGACGAUGACCCCACUGCCACUGCUGCGGGCUGCUGGUCCCGCCGGGGACCCCGAACGGCCACCAGGGCUCUGUCCCUCGUCUGCAGCCUCGUGUGACCAGGAGGGCACCGGGGAAACGCCGCUCCUGGGGGGAGGAAGGGGAGGGGGCAGGCCUUUGAGCCAACACGGUUUUGACCCUACUCCUUUUCCACCAUCCUUUGUAUGUCGGGGUCCUGGGGAGGAAUGAAGGGGCUGGCGGGACCUGCAGUGUUAUAGGCAACAACCAGAUAAGGCCAAAUGAAUAAUUUGAGAAAGCCAGAUUAAAAUUCAAAGAAGAUAGAUUUUAUUUCGCGAAUCCAAAUACAAUCUUUGCCAGCCACAAUCAAAGGGACAGCGCCGAGCCCAGGACUUGACACUGGGUGAACACAGAUCUGACCCCCUUUUGCAUCAGAUCUACUGAGUUCACAAAUUCUGCCUGGUAACCUGUGGUUAUAUACUGUUUUUCUUGCCUGGAGCGACGUUUCCUUUCUUUCUCUGUUCCCGAAUAUUCAUGCAGUCCUCAUCCCUUGUCCGGUGUUAGAUGAAUCUUACCCUCGAGUAGACUGAACCAUGUCCAGGGAAGGAUUUGAAUGUCCAGUGUUGGAGGAAUUCUGUCUCCUCCUCAGACAAAGCCACCUUGGGAAAAACAACACUGUUGUUACAAUGCAUGUAAAGAGUUACAGAACUGGGUAUUGACGUGCUAGUCCAAGGCUGUCCUGAUGGCUUGGGUGUCUUGGGUGUUCCGAAACUCACUCAGACUUUCUGCAGGAGCCAAUCCCUUCACUUGCCAAUUUGGACUUCUGUUCAGUGAACACCUCUGUGUGUUACAAUCUAGUGAGGUAAUCGAUUUCCCAACCCCUGUGUAAGACAUCUAAAACCUAGGUGCUUUCUGCAACAUACAUUCUAAAACCAUGAUUCUGUACCUAUUUCUAUAAUUACGAACAUACUUAUCAUAUUUACAUCAGCAUUUAAUUUAGUACAUUUAUCACAGCA